AUGACGGCAACGGGCGGAAUUUUUCAAAAUGGUUCUGAGGCUGGACCGUCCGGCUCCUGGCGGGAUCUCGGAGGUGGCCGUGCUGCCGCCGCCGCUGCGCGGAGCGGCGGCCUAGAGAGCCGAGCCUGAUGGGCGCCGAAAGCGGCCGGCUGCCUGGAGCGCCGCUUCCGAGGGACUGCGGAAAGGAGCGAGUCCAGCGGACGGCGGUGACAGUUCAGAAACAUGGCGGCUUCCAUCGGGAACAAGAUAGAGGAUUUCAGAGUUGGAAACCUCCUUGGGAAGGGGUCGUUCGCCGGGGUCUACAGAGCAGAGUGCCGACGCACGGGUCUGGAAGUGGCCAUCAAGAUGAUUGAUAAAAAGGCCAUGCGCAAUGCAGGGAUGGUCCACAGGGUCAAGAAUGAAGUGGAGAUACACUGUCAGCUGAAACAUCCUUCUAUCCUGGAGCUUUAUAACUAUUUUGAAGACAGCAAUUACGUGUAUCUGGUAUUAGAAAUAUGUCAUAAUGGAGAAAUGAACAGGUAUCUGAAGAAUAAAACAAACCCUUUCUCUGAAAGUGAAGCUCGACAAUUCAUGCACCAGAUCAUCACUGGAAUGCUGUAUCUUCAUUCUCAUGGCAUAUUACAUCGGGACCUCACACUUUCCAACCUCUUACUCACACGUAAUAUGAAUAUCAAGAUUGCUGAUUUUGGCCUAGCAACUCAAUUGAAAAUGCCAAAUGAAAAGCACUAUACGUUAUGUGGAACUCCUAAUUAUAUUUCACCAGAAGUUGCCACAAGAAGUGCACAUGGGCUUGAGUCUGAUGUUUGGUCCCUAGGGUGUAUGUUUUACACAUUGCUUAUUGGUAGACCCCCUUUUGACACUGACACAGUCAAAAACACAUUAAAUAAAGUGGUAUUGGUAGAUUAUGAAAUGCCAACUUUUUUGUCACAAGAGGCCAAGGACCUUAUUCAUCAGUUGCUUCGUAGAAAUCCAGCAGAACGUUUAAGCCUGUCUUCGGUGCUGGAUCAUCCUUUUAUGUGUCAAAGUUCUUCAGUGAGAAUUAAAGGUUCAGGAACUAUUGAAGAUUCAAUAGAUAGUGGACAUGCUACCAUUUCUACAGCACUUACUGGUUCUUCCAGUGCCAGUAUAAGUGGUUGCUUACCCGACAAGAAAAGACUAUUGUUUGGUCAGCCACUUCCAAAUAAAAUGACUAUAUUUCCAAAGAAUAAGAAUGUGAGUGAUUUUUCAUCUGGUGAUGGAAGCAGUUUUUAUAAUCAGUGGGGAAUUCAAGGACAAGAGAUCGAUCAUAGGGGCCGGGGAAGACUGCUUCAAGAUGCUGAAGAAAGGCCACAUUCUCGAUACCUCCGCAGAGCCCACUCCUCUGAUCGAUCCAGUACUUCUAGUGGUCAUUCUCAAGCCAAACCACCCACUGUGGAGCGUUGUCACUCAGCAGAUGUCCUCUCAAAGCCCAACAGAAGGGGGUGGCCUGAAAAUGAGGAGCGGUUUUCACCUGUUGACAGCAAUGCCAAUGUUUUUCACAUAUUUAAAGAAAAUAUUUCAAAUAUUCCUGAUUCUUUUGGAAAAUCUGAUAAAGACCAAGCACGUUCUCCCCAUCCAGGAAGAUCUGCUUUUCCAUUUUCAGACCAGACAUCUCAAUCCGAAACAGUUCAGCAGUGGUUUGGAAACUUGCAAACAAAUGCCCAGUUAAGAGAGGCCCCUGUUCACAUCAGCAUUAACUCGAACAGAAAUGUCCAGGGUCAUCCAGAUUUGCAGGACACAAGGAGAAAUGCAUGGACUGACAGGAUGGGUAACAGGGAUACAGAUGUUUCGGACAAUGCACAUUGUGUCAAACAGUCAAAUGCCAUGACAUACAUGCCUGCAUGUCACCGUGAACCUGAAACUGUGCAGCCCGUGCCUGUGUUUGGCUCACAUCCCGUCUCUGAGCCAAGCAAGUCUAGAAGCAUGGAACCCCAAACGGGUCACCAGAAGCGAACCUUUCGGAGCGUGACCUCUCCUUUGAAUGCCCGGAGGCUAAAGCCCAUCAGGCAGAAAACGAAAAAAGCCGUGGUGAGCAUACUUGAUACAGAAGAAGUGUGUGUGGAGCUGCUGAAGGAGGUGGCCUCCCAAGAGUAUGUGAAAGAAGUUCUUCAGGUUUCUGGCGAUGGAAAUUCGAUCACAAUUUAUUAUCCAAAUGAUGGAGAAGGUUUCCCUCUUGAUAACAAACCACUCCCUCUUCCCAAAGAUGUGACUAGGUAUAGCUUUGAUUCUUUACCAGAAAAAUACUGGAGAAAGUAUCAAUAUGCUUCCAGAUUUGUGCAGCUUGUGAGAUCUAAAACACCCAAAAUCACUUAUUUUUCAAAAUACGCUAAAUGCAUUUUGAUGGAGAAUGCUCCUCACGCUGAUUUUGAAGUUUGGUUUUAUGAUGGAGCAAAAAUACACAAAACAGAAGACUUAAUUAAUGUGAUUGAAAAAUCUGGGAAAUCAUACACUUUGAAAGGAGAAACUGCCAUUGAUGGCUUGAAAGAAGAAAUAAAAGUAUACGUAGAUCAUGCAAAUGAGGAACAUCGUUUUUGCCUCGAGCUGGAGUCUUGUGUUUCAGCAGUAGAAAGAAAAAAUGGAAGACUUUCCUUUCCUCUGGUUGUUGGAAGAAAGCCAGGCAACCCGAGUUCCCCCCAGGCUGUGGCUCCUCCAUCUUUUGUGGAUCCAGUUUCUUUAGUGAAAGAUAUGGCAUCAUUAAAUAGGGGGGUUGUGAGCUCCUCGGCAUCUUCAAACCAGGCACCUACCACUAGCCCUUCAAUUGUUCCAUAUGAAGGCUCUGGGUUAACAGCAGCUAUGCCUGAAACAGAAGGGUCUUCUACCAGCCCAGAGGAUUAUCUUCCAAAAUCAGCCAAACUUCUGAAGUCUGUUUUUGUGAAAAAUAUUGGUUGGGCUACACAGUUAAGCAGUGGAGCUGUUUGCGUUCAGUUUAACGAUCGAUCCCAGUUGGUGGUUCAGGCUGGAGUGCCCUCCAUCAGUUAUACUUCACCAAAUGGCCAGACAACCAGGUAUGGGGAAAAUGAAAAAUUACCGGACUACAUCAAGGAGAAGUUACAGUGUGUGUCUUCCAUCCUGUUGAUGUUUGCUAAUCCGACUCUGGGUCCCCACUGAAUAAAAGAGUUCUUUUGGAUGAUUUAUGUUAGCUAAAUGACUUUGUUGGCUUGAGAGGAAGUGAUUUUAUUCAUCUAAGUAUAGCCACUCCAGACGGCCCUUCUAGAAGAGGAUUUUAAUAUGACUGCAAUGCUUGUAUUUUAACUAGGCUGCCGUCAGAAGGUAAAGGACCCAUUUCUUACGCAAUUCCCUGAUGCCGUCCCUACUAUUACAUCUGUGUAUUUAUGUAUGUGUUGUGAAGUGGAAGUGUGCAUAAUCUAUAUGUGGGGGGUGGGGGUGGGGGACACGUCUUUGCUUUUACUGUUUUCUCAGGCAUGUUGGGAAUCAUGGAAAAUGUGGUGUUCAGAUUUUUAAACAUGUACAUAAUUUGUAUAUACGUUAUAACUAACGUAAAAUUGUAUACUUGUUUAUAGCUUUAUUUUUGUAGCACCAAGUUUCUAAUGAAACAUUCCUACAAAAGUGUUUUUGUUUUUAAAAAAAUGCAAAUAAAUGCAGUGUUAUGAGUGCUCUAGCCCUGAUUCAUUUCAUUUGACAUGUCAGAAAAAAUAACUAGGUUAUUAUAAUUUUAUUGUAAGCAUUUAAAGUGAAGCAAUUUGUACAUAUUUUUUUAAUCCAUGUCUAUAAAGCAGUGUAUUUUAAUGAUGGUUUUAUAUAUGUAUAUGUUUUCUUUUUUAAACUAAAGGAUUUUAUGGACUGCAACUAACAUG